UUUCCUCCUUUGGAAACCAGAAUCUCUCUCUCUCUGUCUCUCUCUCUGUGUCUGUCUCGAUGUCCUUGAGUUUGAAUUGGUAACGGAACGGGUUCCGGAGAUGUAAAUAGAAAUCCAACAUGGGUCGGAGCAGCGUCUCUCAAUCUCACGGUAUCACCCACUUUACUAUAUUAUAAACCUUUUCGCUCCGUCCCAUAAUGUCCGCCUCCUGAACAACACCCUCAACACCACCUCCGACGUCGUUUCCAGGAUCCCACCGGCAACAUGGUCCAAGACCCAAAACAAUCUCCUCCUGAGCCGCCGCCUCUGCAGCCUUCCACUCAAGCCGACCCUCCUCAACCGCCGCCAACACCGCCGCCGCCGUUCGAUCCUAGUCGAAUGAUUGGCAUUAUUAAAAGGAAGGCUUUAAUAAAAGAGUUAGCUGCAGCAUACCAUGCGGAGUGCCUUGUAUAUUGUCAAGAGCUUUUGGAGCUUCAAAGAAAAUGGGAAGAGCCAUUUAUUGACUUAAAGCCUCCUGAGGAUUCAAGGAAAGAACCAAUGCGGCCCCCCAAACGACUAAAGAAAUCCCGCUAGACAGUUGAUACUGACGUGUAAGAUUUGUAUCUUGAUCUCGCCUCGGUUGCACCAUUGAGGCAACCACAUGUAUUUGUUUUUGAAGUUUCUGUUAGAUGCUUAGAUGCAACAACUGUUUCAUGGAUUCCUUGCAUCCUACAUAUAAGCUCUUUUUUUUGCUAGUUCGUACUAUAUGAAGUGGGCAGACGGAGAGAGUGUUAACAAAUUUAACACCUGUUGUUCAUUAAGAGAUGUGUACCAUUACUGGUGCACAGUAUUGUACAUAUCAUACAUGGAUGCUUUCAUUAAAUAGGCAGUCGUUUGAUUUGAUAUAAUCACAAAUGUAACCCUAUAUGAUUCA